AAUCAAACAGAUCAAAAAGGGUACUUCGUUUUUUUUGGAUUCACCCGAAGAGAGAAGUCGAUCUUCAGUUCUUCACUGGGACUACAUUUUGUGAAGGCUACUGAUCUUCGUGGAGCUUCAAGUAGCGAAAUCGGACUACCUUGCUCUUGAGUGUCAGAUAAAAAUUGGACCUUGAAUUGGAGGAUGCAACCGGAGUGACACUGUUUGUCGCACUUGAUCGAACCGUUGAGAAGCUAUUGGGUGUGACAACUUCAUGUUUGUUGCACUUGCAUCCUCUUUGUGAGAAAACAAAAUUCGUUACAGUUAUCGUGCAUUAACUAAGUGCAAGUUGGUUUUUCAACUAAAAAUAUCUAAGCGAUGGCAGUGGCGUACUCCAAUCUUACCUUCAUCUCCCUCAUCCUCUUGUUUCCCUUGUCAAUCCUCAUCUUUCUCUUUUUCAUCGUGCGUCCUCGUGGAGUCAAGGUCCCAAUCAAGGGUCGCCAUGUGUUCAUCACCGGUGGAUCAAGCGGUAUCGGUCUGUCUCUCGCUCGCCUUGCAGCGGCGGAAGGUGCGCGUGUAUCGAUCCUCGCUCGAAGUAAAGAUAAGCUGAUGGAAGCUAGAAAUGAAAUCCGACUGGCCACAGGAAUCGACGUUUCUGUUUUCAGCGUCGACGUUCGUGAUUUCGAAGCUGUGAAGAAGGCGAUUGAGGACGCGGGCCCAAUCGACGUGCUGGUCUGUAACCAGGGGUUUUCAAAGCCACUAGAAUUUGAGAAACAAGAAAUGGAUGAGAUUAAGUUCAUGAUUGAUGUUAAUCUUAUGGGAACAAUUCAUCUGAUUAAGGCCGCAUUACCUGGAAUGAAGAAUAGAAAAGACAAAGCACCAGCUUCAAUUUCAAUUACCUCUUCACAGGCCGGUCAGGUGGGAAUAUACGGUUAUGCUGCUUAUGCAGCUAGUAAAUUCGGGUUGAGGGGUAUUGCAGAAUCAUUGCAGCAAGAGAUUAUAAUGGACAAUAUUCACGUUUCACUUAUAUUUCCUCCGGAUACUGAAACACCAGGAUUCAUAGAAGAGAAUAAAACGAAGCCACAGCUAACAAGUAUUAUAUCAGCUUCUUCUGGUGGGAUGAACGCUGACGAAGUUGCGAAGAAAGCUUUAGACGGGAUAAAAUCUGGCAGUUUCAUAGUACCUUGUAACUUUGAAGGAUUCCUAUUAGCUUUGGUUACAGCUGGUUUAUCCCCGCAAAGAUCCUACUUAAUAGCUUUUGUUGAGGUUUUCUCAGCAAGCAUACUGAGGAUAGUAGCCCUCUGUUUUCAAUGGAAUUGGUACAGCUCCAUCGAGAAAUGGCACCAAACUCAGAAGAAGAAGGAUAUAUAGUAAGCUUUUAAAUGCACUUUCCUCGGGUUUAACAUGUUAACUUUCUUGCGUUAUUUGGUCUUAGGUUACGCGGGAAGUGAAUGAAUGUGCCACUCUUAUCAUUGGAUUUUUAUAAUCAGGUUUCUUUCUUUGAAUGUGCUUAGUAGUUUGUACUAUGCUGACUCUAAAAAGGUUUCUUAUUUUCAAUAUCAUCAAUUGGUCCUGCCUGUGCCUGUUCCAUUCACAGUUUAUGUGAAUUAUUAGUAAGAACAAAUUAAAUAAUACCAAUUGAAGGAUCCGAUUAUGACAUUCUAACA